AUGACCGAGGAGGACGUUCGCCACAUGGCCUGCUGCCCCCAGCGGAAGGCCGGCGCCGAUGUGCCGGCCGACCGCGACGAGGUCGGCGGCACGACCACCGCCGCGGCUUGCGAAAUAUGCCAGACCACCGACCCCGGGUGUCUGGGCCAGUGCGGCGACUGCCAGCGGUGGUUUUGCAACGGCGCAUGGUCACUCUACCAAGAGAGCCACCUCGUUUGGCACAUGGCCCGGAAGAAGCACUGUUCGCUGUGGCUGCACCGGGAGCACCGGCUCGGCCACUUGCUCAUCGAUUGUUUCAUGUGCGGGGUGUCGGACGUGUCGGAGCUCUCCGUCGGCACUUUCCCCAACCUGGGCCCGGUGGUGUGCUGCGAGGCGUGCAUUAACUCGGGCCUGGAGGACGGGCAUCUAAUUUACUGGUCGAGGGUAUUGAUGCCGACCCACAUCACGGACGAGCUGCUGCCCUCGCGGAAGGCAAAGGCGUGGCCGCAGUGCUGCAGGCAGGCCGCACUGCAUGCGGAGGGCACGGAGACGAACAGCCCGCAAAAGACGGCGGUGCCGAAGAAAGGCCGGCCGUCCUUCGUGCGAGUGCCGAAGUUCUUCCUCUCGGCGGAGCACUACCAGAAGGUGUUCUCGCCGCUGGUGAAGCUGGAGAUGGCGAAUGCCCUCGAGGUGGCGAGCACCACCGUGGUUCACGGGGUCAUGGCGAGGCUCAAUCGCGACAAGGACAGCUAUGUGUUCCUGGACACCGGCAACUCUCUGCGAGUGUCGGUCGGUUGCUUCCUAGCCAUCGGCCACCCGGCGUGCGACGACGUGAGCCUCUUCGUCAAGGUGCUCAACAUCUCCGGCGGUGCGUGCCCCGCCGACAGCAAUGAUGGCAGUGGCACUGGCUACGAGCGCGCCGGCAGCCCGGGGGCCAGCAUCCCGGGCGCCUCCCUGGCGGAGACCGCCGAGGAAGAGGCGGCCAAGAAGGCGGCCGAGAAGGCCGCUAAGAGCGCGGCGAAGCGGGCCGCCAAGAAGGCGGCCAAGAAGGCCGCCAGGGAGGCCGCCGCCAGGAAGGCCGCCGAGAAGGCGGCCGAGAAGGCGGCCGAGAAGGCGGCCGAGAAGGCGGCCAAGAAGGCCGCCAAGAAGGCCGCCAAGAAGGCCGCCAAGGAGGCUGCCGGGGAGGCCGUCGGUGAGACCGUCGGUGAGACCGUCGAGGAGGUGGCCGUCGAGGAGGUGGCCGUCGAGGAGGUGGCCGUCGAGAAGACCGCCGAGGAGACCGCCGAGGAGGUGGCCGUCGAGAAGACCGCCGAGGAGACCGCCGAGGAAGCAGCCGAGCAGGCCACGCCGGCGCCCGCGGCCGAUGCAGCCCCCGCCGCGGCUUGA